AUGGCUAGGCCCUUGCACAAUCUAGUCAAGAAGGAAGCACCAUGGAAAUGGGACACAAAGGAACAGGAAGCCUUCCAAGGGCUGAAAGAUGCCAUUACCAAUGCACCAGUACUCUGUCAUGCAGACCCUGCCAAACCAUAUUUCCUAGAAACAGAUGCAUCAGGCGCAGCCUUAGGGUCCAUACUUAGUCAGCAGCAGGAAGAUGGAUGUUUACACCCAUUAGGAUUCCUGUCAGAAUCAUUCAAGGGAGCGGAGCAGAAUUAUGAUAUGCAUGAUAAGGAACUACUUGCAAUCAUCUGUUCCUUUGAAUACUGGCAUAUAUUCCUGGAAGGCACAGCUCAUCCAAUCACUGUCUUCACAGAUCACUGGAACCUGGAAUACUGGAAGGAGUCUAGAACCUUCAACCUCUGCCAUGCACAAUGGCACCUCCUGCUAGCUGGUUACAACUUCCAGAUUGUAUAUUGCCCUGGCAAACAGUCCAGCAAGCCAGAUGCCUUAUCCUGCCAAUCUGAUCAUGCCAAUGUUCCUCCUGCCAAUCAAACCAUGUUACCUGAACCUGUCUUUGCCAACAUUGCACUAGUUUUACCAGAGAAAGAAUUGCAACGCUGCAUAGAGUCCAGCCUAGAUCAAGACAAGUCCCUAGAGGAAAUCCUCCAGUUCCUUCAGAACAAGUCUAAGGCUCUGCCAUCCAUCAAAUGUGCUUUCAAGGAUUAUCAGAUGGAAGCCAGGCUCCUCUUUUACCAGGGUAGAAUAGUGGUCCCAGACAUUGGGACCCUACAAACAGACCUACUAAGGAUAUUCCACAAUAGUCCCUUAGCAGGCCACCCAGGAAGGCAAUGCACACUGGAGCUAACACACUUAUACCAAGGGAAUUUAUUCCUAUUUUCUCAAAUGUAA